AUGCAAAAGUUGCAGCCGGGGCUUCUGCAGGGGAGAGUUUCUGCUGCCCAAGUCAUGUGCAGUGAGAAGAUCCGGGGGGACCAGUUGCGGGUGUACACAGAGGAAGUCUCCCCACCUUGGGGCUCCCACCCCCUGAAGGACCACAGUCUGGCCCAAGCAGAGACCCUGGAGCCAGGAGGAAUGACCCCAAGGACCCAGAGGCCCCCAUCCCAGGGGUCAGUAACAUUCAAGGAUGUGGCUGUGGACUUCACCCAGGAGGAGUGGUGUCUGUUGGACCCUUCUCAGAAAGAACUGUUCAGGGAGGUCGUGCUGGAAAAUGUGCAAAAUCUACUCUUUGUGGAGUCAGAGACUAAUUUUGAAGAGAAGAUGUCUACAAAGCUGAACCUUUUUGUGGAGGUAUGUGGCCCUCCAAGAGGCAUGAAUAAGGGUCCCUGUGACUUCAUUGUUAGAGAAAUCUGUGAUUCUAAUAUCAAGGUAAAUAAAAAUCCCAAGAGUGACUGUGAAUUUGAUGAAGUUGCAGAAAAAUUCAGCCAAUAUUCAAUCCUAAAUCAGUAUGUGAAAUUGACCUCAGGAAAUGACUGUUGUCCGGAUAGUGAAUACACCAAAUGCUUUCCUGAAAAAGUAGAAUUUAAUCAGUCACAUGAGAAGGCUCCUGAAAUGCCCCUGUAUCAAGAUAACCUAGGGAGAAUUGCCUAUGGCUCCAGUUUAGACUUCAUAAGACAUCGAAAAA